CUCCAAGCGACCAUAAGGAGCUUUCUCCAUGCAGAGCAGCAGGUUCAAUAUGGAUGUACUGUGUGGCCCUUUAGGCUUGGGUGUUGUGGCAGGACUGGGCUGUGGACUCCUCCUCGGCUGGCAUCUCAGGGCUCGUUUAGGCUCAUCAUCCAAAAACCUGAUGGCAGCGAUGGGGAACGGCACCGGUGAAACGAGCGUCAUGGGAGAAGGAGGGGAGUUCAAGAUGAUCCUGGUUGUCCGAAAUGACCUGAAGAUGGGUAAAGGGAAGGUCGCCGCCCAGUGCUCCCACGCUGCUGUGUCGGCCUACAAACAGGUGCAGCGCAGGAACCCCGCACUCCUCAAACAGUGGGAGUACAGCGGCCAGCCCAAGGUGGUGGUGAAAGCUCCAGAUGAGGAGACCCUGAUUGAUCUACUGGGUCACGCCAAAGAAGUGGGGCUUCCUGUCAGUCUGAUCCAGGACGCAGGGAGGACACAGAUUGCUCCCGGGUCACGCACCGUGCUGGGUAUCGGUCCAGGUCCAGCUGAUCUGAUCGACAGAGUGACUGGAGACUUGAAGCUCUACUAGAGUUCCAGUUUGAAUAUGAGUGACUUUCAGACAGUAUCUAGGUUAAAACUAUCCGCAGUGAAACCUAAGUUGGGCUAAUAUAAGUUUGUAUUUUUAUACAAGGAUAAUUGAUUGUCAAUUACAUCAUAUUUUUUGUCCCAUUUUGGGGAUUUUGUGCAUUUAACCCUAUCGCAUUAGAAAUGAGAUGACUCUGGAAUAGCAGUAACAGCUCGUUUACUGUGACAGAUGAACACUUGAUACAAUCUACAAGCGGUCUGCUGAGGCCUGACACUGUCUUUAGACCUGAGGAAACAUUAAAAAUAUGUACUGUUUAAAAUGUGACUAGAGCAAAGCAAUUAUUCAGUAUUAUUAUUGUUCUCAUAUUACAACCAUCUAACAACUCUGAGCUACUGUCUACAAAUUAUGUUGGCUUGAUGAUAACAAAUGAAAAGAUCAUCUCACAGAAUGAAUGCUGAAAUUGAGUCUUUUUUUUAAUCUAAAAUGCCAUGAAGGUCACUUCAAUAAACAGUAUAAGUUGGUAAUUGCAUUGCAGCAGUAGAGCUGAUUAAUGGGAUGUAAAAAUAUUGUGAUGAGACUGAAAUUCAUUUAAUGUUUUGAUAUAGAAUAAUGGAUUAU